AUGGCUACCGGAAAGCUCUCAACCGAUUACCAGGCGUGGCAGCAGCUCGAAAAGCUGUACCAGACCAAGGCCCCUCAGCUCAUCCUCAAGGACCUGUUCGCUGCCGAUCCUGAGCGCUUCAAGAAGCACUCGGUUACCUUCAAGGCUUCCUCUCCCGAUGUCAACAUGCUCCUCGACUACUCCAAGAACCUCGUCGAUGAUGAGGUUCUGACCGCCCUGUUCGCCCUCGCGCGCGAAGCCAGUGUCGAAAAGUUCCGCGACGAGAUGUUCAAGGGCGACCACAUCAACACAUCCGAAGACCGUGCCGUUCUGCACAUCGCUCUCCGCAACCCCCCCGUGUCCGAGGGUGGCUACGAUAUCAAGGAGGAGGGUGUCAGCGAAGUCCAGGGCGUCCUGAACCACAUGCAGCAGUUCUCCGAGCAGGUGCGCUCGGGCGAGUGGAAGGGAUACACGGGCAAGCCGAUGAAGCACAUUGUCAACAUCGGCAUUGGUGGUUCCGACCUCGGACCAGUAAUGGUGACGGAGGCUCUCAAGUAUUACAGCCAGCGCAACCUCACCCUCCACUUUGUCUCUAACAUUGAUGGUACCGACAUCGCCGAGGUCCUCCGUGCUUGCGACCCUGAGACUACUCUCUUCAUUGUAGCGUCCAAGACGUUCACCACCCAGGAGACGAUCACCAACGCCGAGACAGCCAAGGAGUGGUUCCUCCAGACUGCAAAGGACCCGGCCUAUGUUGCCAAGCACUUCGUGGCCCUUUCGACCAACACCGAGGGUGUCACCAAGUUCGGCAUUUCCGAGUCUAACAUGUUCCAGUUCUGGGACUGGGUCGGCGGACGUUACUCGCUCUGGUCAGCAAUCGGCCUCUCCAUUGCCAUCAGCAUCGGCUUUGACAACUUCAAGGAGGUCCUUGCCGGCGCCCACGCCAUGGACAAGCACUUUGCUGAAACCAAACUCGAGGAGAAUCUCCCCGUAAUCCUUGCGCUUCUCGGCAUCUGGUAUAAUGACUUCUACGGUGCUCAGACCCAGGCGCUCCUGCCUUACGACCAGUAUCUCCACAAGUUUGCCGACUAUUUCCAGCAGGGCGACAUGGAGUCGAACGGCAAGAGCAUCACCAAGGACGGGUCGCGCGUCGACUACCAGACUGGCCCCAUCAUCUGGGGUCAGAGUGGCACAAACGGCCAGCACGCCUUUUACCAGCUCAUCCACCAGGGCACGAAGCUCAUCCCUUGCGACUUCAUCGCUCCUGCUCAGACCCUCAACCCCAUUGCCGGUGGCAAGCACCACCAGAUCCUCCUCUCCAACUACUUUGCACAGCCCGAAGCGCUGGCGUUUGGCAAGACGGAGGCGCAGGUCAUCCAGGAGCUUGGUGCUGAGAAGUCGAAGAACGAGGCUCUCGUCAAGUCUAAGAUCUUCGAGGGCAACAAGCCAACCAACUCGAUUAUGUUCGAGAAGCUCACGCCGGGCACCCUCGGCGCUCUCGUCGCUCUCUAUGAGCACAAGAUCCACGUCCAGGGCGCGGUUUGGGGCAUCAACUCGUACGACCAGAUGGGUGUCGAGCUCGGCAAGGUGCUGGCCAAGGCUAUCCUCCAGCAGCUCGGCAAGGAGAGCGACGUCACUGGACAUGACAGCUCGACGACUGGUCUUAUCCACUGGUACCAGGAGCACCGCCAGUAA